GUGCCGUGUGACGGUGCAGAGCGGAGCGGUGCUGCGCUGCCUUGAGGUGGAGACUGCGACCGUCUCCACGUGCUAACUCCCCGUGACCAUUUGACUCGCGCGCACACAACGCUCCUGAAACUUUUGAGCAUCUCGCUCUAGAUAAUAUCAUAUCUGUGCGAUCAGGAAACGUAGCCCGCUUGCCAUGUAUAUUAAUGUAUGACUUGCCAUACUUUGCGCCUUUGGUUUGUGAAGGGAAGGACUGCUGCUUCAGCACUUUGCUGCGAGUUAUUUAUAUACGAUGAAGCGCCCGUGGGCCCGUCCGCUGUGGAGAUGCGUGUUCUGCCUGCUGCUGAUGUCGGUGUGGUCGUGCUGUGGAGACCCGGGACCCACAGGCGUCACGAGAACCAUAAACCCCUGCUGCUACUACCCUUGCGAAAACUGGGGUGUGUGCAUGAGGUUUGGCAUUGAUGGGUACCAGUGUGACUGCACUCGUACAGGCUACUACGGGGAAAACUGCUCCAUCCCUGAAUUGUCAACAAGGUUCUACCUACUCUUCAGGCCCACUCCAGAUAUGGUUCACUACAUUCUGACCCAUUUCCAGUGGCUAUGGAACAUCAUAAACAGAACCUUUAUCCAGGACUGGCUAAUGUACAAGGUUCUGACAGUGAGGUCAAACCUGAUCCCGAGCCCACCAACCUUCAACUCUAAAUACGACUAUGUGAGCUGGGAAGCCUACUCCAAUGUUACCUACUUCACCCGAAUCUUGCCUCCAGUGCCUAAAGACUGUCCCUUGCCCCUGGGCACCAAAGGUAAAGCCCAGCUUCCAGAUCCCCAGGUGGUGGUGGACAAAUUCCUCCUGAGGAGGAAGUUCAGACCAGACCCUCAAGGAACCAACCUGAUGUUUGCCUUCUUCGCGCAGCACUUCACCCACCAGUUCUUCAAAACUCACAACCGCAUGGGACUGGGUUUCACCAAGGCCCUGGGCCAUGGUGUGGAUGCAGGGCACAUUUAUGGAGACAACCUGCAGCGUCAGCUGCAACUCCGGCUGCACAAAGAUGGAAAGCUGAAGUAUCAGGUGAUUAAUGGUGAGGUAUACCCCCCCUCAGUGAAGGAUACACCUGUGAACAUGAGCUACCCAGCAAACAUUCCAGCUGAACAACAGCUGGCCAUCGGACAGGAGGUCUUUGGGCUGCUCCCUGGGCUAGGCCUGUAUGCUACUUUGUGGCUACGUGAGCACAACCGUAUCUGUGAUGUGCUGAAGGCAGAGCACCCCACCUGGGAUGAUGAGCAGCUCUUCCAAACUGCCCGCCUUAUUGUUAUAGGUGAAACAAUACGCAUUGUGAUUGAGGAGUACGUCCAACACCUGAGCGGCUAUCUGCUGAACCUUAAGUUUGAUCCCACCAUGCUCUUCAACACAAACUUCCAGUACAGGAAUCGGAUUGCUGUCGAAUUUAACCAGCUGUACCACUGGCACCCACUGAUGCCUGACAGCUUCCUCAUAGACGGAGAUGAAAUUCCCUACUCUCAGUUCACCUUUAACACUACUAUUUUGACGCACUAUGGUGUGGAGAAGAUUGUGGAGUCUUUAACACUUCAGAUUGCCGGACAGAUAGGGGGUGGUCACAACUUCCAUCCAGUAGUGGCAAAGGUGGCAGUAGGUGUUAUCAAAGAGUCAAGAAAAUUGCGUCUGCAGCCCUUCAAUCAGUACCGGAAAAGAUUCAACCUGAAACCCUAUACGUCCUUCUUUGAGUUGACAGGUGAUAAGGAGACAGCAGCAGAGCUGGAGGAACUUUAUGGCGACAUUGAUGGCAUGGAGUUCUAUCCUGCUCUAAUGCUAGAGAAGACACGACCAGGUGCCAUAUUUGGUGAAAGCAUGGUGGAGAUGGGUGCACCUUUCUCUCUGAAAGGGCUCUUGGGAAACCCUAUAUGCUCCCCAGAGUACUGGAAACCCAGUACAUUUGGUGGCAAGACCGCUUUUGACAUUGUGAAUUCUGCCACCCUUAAGAAACUGGUCUGCCUUAAUACCAAGUGGUGUCCACAUGUGGCUUUCAGUGUUCCACCAUUAAGGAAUAACCUACCAGACCAACGAAAGUCAUCGACAGAAUUAUAAUAUUCAUAAAGUCUAUUCUUGUUUUGUUUUGGCUGUUUAGCGUUCCAAGUCCAAAUGUCAACAUUAAAAAUAAAAAU